UUAUGCAUGGAAAUGAAGUUGGCAGUAUCAUCGGAAAGAAAGGAGAAUCCGUUAAAUAGAUGAGAGAGGAGAGUGGUGCACGUAUCAACAUCUCAGAAGGAAAUUGUCCUGAGAGAAUUAUCACUUUGGCUGGACCCACUAAUGCCAUCUUCAAAGCCUUUGCCAUGAUCAUUGACAAACUGGAAGAGGACAUCAGCAGCUCUAUGACCAAUAGUACAGCUGCCAGUAGAUCCCCAGUCACUCUAAGGCUGGUGGUUCCUGCUAGUCAGUGUGGCUCUCUCAUUGGAAAAGGCGGUUGCAAGAUCAAGGAAAUACGAGAGAGUACAGGGGCUCAGGUCCAGGUGGCUGGGGAUAUGCUCCCCAAUUCAACUGAGCGGGCCAUCACUAUUGCUGGCAUUCUGCAAUCCAUCAUUGAGUGUGUCAAACAGAUCUGCGUGGUCAUGUUGGAGUCCCCUCCGAAGGGCAUGACCAUCCCGUACCGGCCCAAGCCUUCAAGUUCUCCAGUCAUCUUUGCAGGUGGUCAGGCCUAUACCAUUCAAGGACAGUAUGCCAUUCCACAGCCAGAUUUGACCAAGCUGCACCAAUUGGCAAUGCAACAGUCUCAUUUUCCCAUGACGCAUGGCAACACCGGAUUCAGUGGCAUUGAAUCUAGCUCUCCAGAGGUGAAAGGCUAUUGGGCAAGUUUGGAUGCAUCUGCUCAGACUACUUCUCAUGAACUCACCAUUCCAAAUGAUUUGAUUGGCUGCAUAAUCGGGCGUCAAGGCGCCAAAAUCAAGGAGAUCCGUCAGAUGUCUGGGGCACAGAUCAAAAUUGCGAAACCAGUGGAAGGAUCUACUGAUAGGCAGGUUACCAUUACUGGAUCUGCCUCCAGCAUUAGCCUGGCUCAAUAUCUAAUCAAUGUCAGGCUUUCUUUGGAGACGGGUUUCAUGGGGAGUGGCUAGAACAAUGCAGACUCAUCCAUAAACCUUUUCUGCUGUUCACCUCCACCACCCAUGAUCCAUCCAUGUAGUUUCUGAACAGUCAGCGAUUCCAGGUUUUAAAUAGUUUGUAAAUUUUCAGUUUCUGCACACUUUAUCAUCCACUCGUGAUUUUUUAAUUAAAGCGUUUUAAUUCCUUUCUCUGUUCAGCUGUUAAUGCUGAGAUCAUAUUUAGUUUUAUAAGCUUCCCCCUUUUUUGUGUGUUUUUUUGGCUCAUGAAUUUUUGUUUGUCAUGGAAAAUGUAAGAGUGGAAUAUUAAUACAUUUCAGUUUAGUUCUGUAAUGUCAGGAAUUUUUCAAAAAAAUAUUAAAAGAUGGA